AUGGCCAGCAAGAAUUUCUUCAUCGUCUUUAUCUUCCUUAUUACUUGGACAUGUUUCAUUGAAACCACUUUGGCUGCUGCUGGUUGGUGUUAUGAAUGUGAUUCUCGCAAUCCUUCUUGUCAAUUUAAUGUUGAUCCAGUUGCAUUAGCAGGUCAUAAAACUCCAUGUAAUGGACAAUGUUACAUACGUGUUAAAGGCGGUGUAAUGUCUCGUGGUUGUUCUUGGGAAUAUGGAUUUAUGACAAAACAAGUAUCGUACACUCCAACUUUUCAACAAGAAGCAAUGUGGGUUUUUUGUGAUACUUCUUUAUGCAAUGGAAAUGCAAAUGUAUCAUCAUAA